AUGACAAGUGUUCUCCCGGGUAUUGUCAGCUUGUCCCAAGGGGCUUUUGUAGCAGGUAGAAGUAUGUCAGAUAAUAUAAUGCUUGCACAGGAAAUCAUCCGGGGAUAUUCUAGGAAAAGGAUCUCACCCCGUUGUACUAUUAUGGUUGAUAUCCGUAAGGCUUAUGACACAGUGAAUUGGGAAUUUCUCCAAGAAGUACUCGUUGGUAUGGGAUUCCCGGGAAAGUUUAUAAAUUGGAUUAUGACUUGUGUUCAGACUGCUUCUUUUUCACUCUCAAUUAAUGGAGCACUUCAUGGAUAUUUCAAGGGGAAGAGGGGAUUAAGACAGGGGGAUCGAAUGUCUCCAAUGCUAUUUACUUUAUGCAUGGAGUAUCUAGCACGUAUGCUUAUGGAGAAGACAAGAGUUGCUAGAUUUUCCUUCCACCCGAGAUGUAAGGACCUGAAAAUAAGUCACCUUGCUUUUGCAGAUGAUCUCAUGCUGUUCUGUAGAGGAGAUGUAAACUCAGUUGACAUCCUUAUGAAGGCACUCAAUGAAUUGGAGAAAACUUCUGGUUUGGCCAUUAGCCCCAAUAAAUCAAAGUUGUUUUGUGCAGGUGUCCGGGAAGACUUGAGUUUCACCCGCAUUCCAGUCGAACCACUACCAGUUAAAUACUUGGGCAUUCCUCUUGACUCCCAAAAGCUCAAAGUGGCUAACUUUGCACCCCUGAUUGACUCAAUAAACAAGUACUUCUCGGCCUGGAAAGGAUACACUCUAUCAUAUGCUGGUAGACUGGAACUCCUUAACUCGGUUAUUCAAGGAGUGGUGGCAUUCUGGAUUCAGAAUUUUCAAGUCCCAUCAACGGUGGUUGACCACAUCAAUUCAAUGUGCAGAAAUUUCUUUUGGAAUGGUAAGAAAGCAUGGGUUGCUUGGGAUGAUAUUUGCCUCCCUAAAGAAGAGGGAGGACUUGGUUUGAAGAACAUAAAAUUGUGGAAUGCAACUGUCCUCUCAAAGAUCAUUUGGAAUAUCCACAAGAAUAAAAACUCUUUGUGGAUUAAAUGGAUUCAUAGCUUCUACUUGAUACACAAAGAUUUUUGGACCUGGAAACCAACAAGAAAUGAAUCUGCCUUGAUGAGAAGUCUGUCUCGUAUUAGAGACAUCCUGAUUGAGAAAAGUGGUGGUGUUCCAGAAUGUAUCCGGGUACUGUCAAAAUGUGACGAACCAGCUGGUUUCUCCUCUGCUGAAGUGUAUGAAUUAAUCAGACCAAGAGCACAAAAAGGAGCAGAUUUCAAAUUCAUUUGGAAAGGAUUUAUCCCACCUAAAUUUUCAGUCACCUCUUGGAUGUGUUUGAAAGGAAGGCUCCCUACAAAAGACAGAUUGAAGAAGUUCUUGGAGAUGGAUGAGACUUGUUCCUUCUGUGGGAAGGAACAAGAAAAUUCUAACCAUUUGUUUUUCUCUUGUGAUUUUUCUAAGCAGGUUUGGGAGGAGGUUAGAGCAAAGCUGGGGAUAACAAGAAAGACGUGCUCUUUAAAAGGAGCAAUCAAAUGGGUUUACCGUGACACCAGGGGAUCUCGGGUUCACUCAAAAAUUGGACCCGUGGCGAUCUUGUGCACUGUUUAUCACAUCUGGCGCACUAGGAAUGCUCUUCUUUAUGAUGGGAUCCAGGCUGAGGUACCAAAAACGAUCAUCAUCAUUCUGCAACAAGUCUUCAAGAUUGCUUUUAAGCUUGCUCCUAGGUGCAUUCAGCUUUAUGAGUAG